CAAUGUAAUGUGAGAAAACGCCAGAAUAUUAUAGGUCUUCCGCAAUGGCUGGAACGGUUCUCUGUGAAGCUACAGAACUUUACAAUAUUAUAAACCAGUACGUCCGAGUGUCAAGACUAUCAGAAUUCAACUACCUUUGUUUGAUUGAUGCACGAAAUAAAGACGAAUACAACGAGAGCCAUGUCAUCACUGCAAGGAGAGCAAAAUGGGAUGCAAUGGGAAAGUUUACGAUGCCUGCUGAUGUGGAGGUUGAAAGCUUGCGGUAUUGUGUGGUGUAUGAUAGCAACACCAGCUCCUUGCAGAGUUCAGGUCCUGCCGCUGAGGUCGCUGGAACUCUGGCGAAAACAAGCCGCCAUCCAGUUCAUAUUCUAAAAGGAGGCUACGAGAGGUUCUCUGCUUUGUACCCAUUCCUUCGAACACAGAAGAUUCUUUACACCGUCCAGGAACUGGAGGACCUGCAGCCCUACCCAGUUGAGGUACUACUUGGCCAGCUGUACAUGGGUGACUAUAGACAGGCCACUAAUCUGCACAUCCAUAAACAUCUCAAACUGAGAGCCCUCAUCAAUGUCUCAGAAGAUACCAGUGAUGUGUUUGAGAGCGGCGCUUGUACAGUUUUACACAUUCCUGUGGCGGAUUCCACUGAGGCUGAUCUAUAUGGAUUUUUUGAGAGGGCCUGUGAGUUCAUUGACACUCACCUCAGUGCUGGUUCCGCAGUCCUCAUAUUUUCAAGUCAUGGCAUAAGCCGCUGUAGCGCAGUGACAAUAGCCUUCCUUCUGCACCACCUAAAAUCUACACUGAUGGAGGCCUGGGCACACGUGUCGAAAUGCAAAACCAACAUGAGGCCAAACCGGGGGUUUGUGCAACAGCUGUCUGACUGGGAGCAGCACGCUCUGGGACAGAGGGUGACUGAUAUCGCAGAGCCGCUCUACUGAGACAGUCUCCACCACUGUGAAUGAGUCCGGUGGCGGUGCUUUACUCACAGUCAGUUAGAAAGAUGCUCCUGGUGCGGAGUACAUUGUCUUCCAAGCUUAUUUAUUCCUUUGAUAGACUGUGUAAAAAAUAUUUUAGAGAAGAAAUGUACAAAUUAAUGAAAAUAUGUACAUUUUAAACAGAAUGAUCAGAACAAUGGAAAGAGGCAACAGCAAAAAUAAUAGAAAAAAUUAACAAAAAAUAGCACAUUUUUCAAAAAUCAUGUUUUUGAAAUAAGUAAGUAAGUAAAUCAAAGUCUGAUGAACUGACUUGUUGGAAAGGUGGCAUCCUAUGACUGUGCCACAUUGAAAGUCACUGAGCCCAUUCUACUGCCAGUGUUUGUCACUGCAGAUCGCAUGGCUGUGUGCUUGAUUUUAUACACCUGUUAGGAUUAGGUGUGGCUGAAAUAGCCAAAACUACAAAUUAGAAGGGGUGUCCACAUACCUUUGGAAAUGUGGUGUAUUUAAUAACACUGUGGCGGUUAUAGAAAUGUGUGCACAACAGGGUGUGGCCACUCCAGAACAUUUUCCAGUAACCAACACACGAUCAAACUUUCACUCAUGAGGUGUGCAACAUAUGCUUAUGGCCUCUAAGCAGUUUUCUACUCAGUGCUGUCCUAUAAGAAGUUAUUGCUAACACAUGAUGAACAAAAGGAGCUUCAGGUUGCUGCAAGGCUCUUAAUCCUGGUGACUGUGAACAAUGGUCGAGCACUUUUAGUGAUCCCGUAUUUGAGAAAUGUGGCAAAUAUUAGUUUAAGCUGAAGAUGCCGUCUGUUCAAAAUCUUAAAACAAUAUUUGCAUUGAAAACGAAAGUGCGUCAUAAUCUAGCAACAGUGGAAGGAUUUGCCAUAUUGAGUGGGUUUAGAUAUAACCAAGAGCCUGUAGCAAUGGUAACCAUGACAUCCACAUCUACAUUGUAUGCUUGAUGAAUUUCAAAAGUUUCUGUUAUAGGCAGCAAACUUGUAAAAAUGUUUGAUGGCUAUGACAGGUGUGGCAUAUGUCCUAGAGCAACUAUUUUACAAAUGUUUAUAAUGAAAAAUUACUUGUGGAAAAUGUGAGCUGUAAGUGUGUUAAGCAUGUUAUGAAAAAAUCUAAGUGCAUCAAAUUUUUAAAUCAAAUUGCAUUGCUAGGCUUGGUAUAGGCAAUGAAGCUGGCUACGUAUGUAAUAAGUGAGUGCUGAAUAAAUAUGUUAUGCAAAUGCAUUGAUUUGUGAAAAUACAUUUUCUGUUCUCAUUGUGUAGGUCUUUGGAUCUACUUGCUGGGCCUCAAGACAAUAAAAAUA